ACAGCAAGCUCUCCGAACAUAAACUGGUGUACUGCCCCUUUAAACAGAGGCUGUCAUUGUCCAGACAGUUUCCUUCCUGUGCUUUGAAAAUGAAAGAAAGAAAAACAAUUCCUGCAGUAUGCAAGCUGGGGAUUUUCAGUAGGUGUGCUGUUCAGCUUGCUUGAAGUUUAGGCAGUCAUGGACUGUGGACUUCAGGUAUGCAGGCCUUGCAUUUACAAGAUUUAACACAAGAAAGCCAUCUGUUCUAAAUGACAGUAACUUCUUAUCAAAAAGUACAGCUCGACUUUGCUGCUGGCUAAUGUGACCAAAGAGCCUGAACACUGAAUCCAGGCUGCAUAAAAGAAGAGCCAAACUGGAGGAAGAAUUAAAAGCUGCAGAACUUGUUUGCAGUAAACAGAACAGACCAAUGCUGUGUGGAGCAUAGAGACUGGAGUUGUUCUUCCAGAGGUUGAGGCCUUUAACUAUGAUCUGUGUGUUCCUACACAUUUCAGCCACAGUUUGGUAAUCCUGCAUGUGUCAUUUAGGUUGUAUGAGAGAUUACCAUGCUGAACAACAAAAGCCGCUUUUUUCAAAGGAGGCCGAGGGAGAAAAAGCACAACAAAGAUGGGCAUGACAUAAAGAAAAGAAAAAGAAGAAGCUUGCUUUUAGUUUAGAACAAUAUGUUAUGUGAGCAUUUUUAAAAUUACUCCGGUUUCUCUAUCUCAAGAACAAAAACAUCUGAUAACUUAAGGAAGAAGCAGAAAUUCUGGAAGAGAUGGAAGAAAUUUUUGAAUGCAUAAAAAAUGAUGCUAUGGACACCCACUCAGCAGUGUGUAACAUCAAUUUAAAUCUCAAGAAAGAAGUAGAUUUUCUGGAAGAGACUGAAGAAGACACUAAAUAUCUUAAAAAUUACUUUAUGUCCGGUCAUGAAACAGUGUUGAGUAAAACAUCAAAACCUAGAGAAUGGGGAAGCAAUGGUUUUCUAACAGUGCCAGAAACAUUUGAGGAUGUUGCUGUCACUUUCACAGAAGAAGAGUGGAAGAUGUUAAGAAAACAAGACAAGAAGCUUCACAGGGAAGUGAUGGUACAGAACUAUGAAACCUUGAUUUCCGUAGGGUACGACAUUCCCCCAGAGAAAUUAUUAAUGCUGCUUAAAGAACAUUAUGAUAAACCGCCGAACAAUGACGUGGCGAUGAAUAUGCAGGGAAGGAAUACAACGGAACAGAAGAAUAAUCAUGACUGUAACCUCAACAGUAUCAGAAGCACAGAGAGUCUUGUGAGCUAUAAUCAGCAGCUGUCACUUAGAACACUCCAGUUACAUAAGCCUAUAGAGAGCCUGCACCAAUUUGUUCAGUCUGGGAAAGGCUGCAACAAGCCUCCUCUCACUCCUGUAUCGCAGCUCAACUCAGGAGAGAACUGCAGCAAAAGUUCUGAAAGUGACCAUGAACCAUCUCAGUUAGAUCAUCUACAGGAGAAUCUAAAGCAGUAUGCUGAGCUUGGGAACUACUGCUAUAAGCUUUAUAUCACAACUGUACCACAGCACCCCUCAGGAUAUAACUAUAACAAAAACCAUAAAUUUGAGAAUGGAACACCUCAGUUGCAACAUCCUUUAGCUGGCGUACAGCAGGAUACUCAGCUUGUAAAGGACACUGGUGAACUUCAUCCUAAUCAUAAAUCACCGAACCACUUGGGACAUAAUGAGAGCAAGAGUUCUGAAUGUGACUCUGACAUUAUUCGACAUCAAAAUCCAGUAAUGCAUCAAACAUCUCACACAAAAGAGAAACCACAUAAGUGUCCCAAAUGUAGCAAGUGUUUUUCACGGAACAGUAAUAUGUUACGUCAUCUGAACAUUCACACGAGGACAAAACAGUAUAAAUGUGCUGAAUGCAAUGAGUUAUUUGCACAGAAGGGAGAUCUAGUAAAACAUCAGAAGUGUCACGUUUUUGAAAAACCAUACAAAUGCCCUGAAUGCAGUAAGUGUUACAGAGGAAAGAGCGGGCUGCUGUACCAUCAAAAGACGCACACAGGGGAGAAGCCAUUUAAAUGUACCGAAUGCACUAUGUGCUUUUCACGUAGUAGUACUUUGGUGCGCCAUCAGGCCGUUCACACGGGUGAAAAGCCAUUCAAGUGCCCAGAGUGUAGCAAGUGCUUUUCUCGUAGCAGUAAUUUGGCGCUACACCAAACAGUUCACACUGGGGAGAAGCCAUAUAAAUGCCCUGAAUGUAAUAUGCGUUAUAGACAAAAGACUAGUCUCGUCUACCACCAAAAGAUUCACACGGGUGAGAAACCCUUCAAAUGCAUGCAAUGUAGUAAGUGUUUUUCAUGUAGCAGCCAUUUGAAAUGUCAUCAGGCUAUUCACUCAGGAAUGAAACCAUAUAAAUGUCCUGAAUGUAGUAAGUGUUUUACAGGAAGAAGUGGACUUGUAUACCAUGAAAAAACACACACUGGGGAGAGUCCAUACCCUGACAUAGGAAUGAGUUCUAUUCCUGUCACAGUGUUAAGGACCCUAAACAUGUGGAGAAAUUAAAAAAAAAAAAAAAGGGUGGGAGAAGCAAUAUAGUUGUACUGAAUGCAGAAAAUGUUGUUCAUGUUGCAGUAAUCUGACACUAGUCAUAUGAAAUAAAGACACACGUGACUUUAUAAUAGUAGAAGAAGGAAUUACACUAAUAAAUAAUAUCUAAGCAAAAUCACUCUGCCUGAGUACAGAGUCUGUUGUGCAUUUUCAGACUCAUUCUGCCCGAGUGUGGUCUUGGGUGCAUUUUCAGCAGUCACCCAAGUGUGCAAUGAGAUGGUGCUAUAAUUAAUUUGAAUAACUCAAAACAUAGAACAGUGAACAGUGGUGUUAAAUAUUCAAAUAAAAAAGCACCAAAAUGAUGGAGAACUGUUUAGCAAGCUUAUUAGAUGUUUAAUGCUUUUCAUCACUCUCUAGUCUCGGAAACUCGUUCAGAACAAUCUGUUAAGUGCAUUUUUAGAACCAUGUGGUCUGUGGUGUUAAAAUCCACCAAGAAAUGCACCAACCAAUUAAAUAUUUGUUAAAAACACAUAAUGGCAUAAGACGAACUAAUACAUUGUACAAUUUAAACACAUGACACUGAGUUAGUAUAAAGAACAUAAUUUAACACCACUAAUGCAGUCAUUUAGUCCAUGUUAUUGGUUGGCAUUAAUUAUUGUUGCUGUCACUAUAGUUCUUUAUGUUCUAAUGAAAAAUCCAAAUGUGCUGCUAUGGUACUAAUGUCAGCAUUCCCUAAAACUGAAAAUGUGAAUUGCUUAAAAUGUACCUCACUCUUGAUCAGAGUUCUAUGCUCUGUGGCAGUUAACAAAUACCAAUAUUCUUGAAUGCCAUUGUUAAAUACAGUAAUAAGCCUUCUAAUACACUGCUUUUUAACAUAAACAUAAGUAAUUAUUAACAACUGUAGAUUUUAUAAACAUGUCCAGUAGAUAGCACAGAGGGUUAAUGGUGUGAGCUGCGUUUCCUGUGGUACAGGGUUUGAUUCCCUCGCUCUACAUGUGCUCAUUGUGUGACCUUGAACAAGUGACGUUGCUCCCACAUCACUCCUGAAAAGGGACUGUGACCAGUGGGCCUACAUAGUUAAUAAAUUGGUUUUAUUAUUAGUAGUAGUAAUACUUCUAUUACUUUUUUAUUGUGUGUGAAAUGAACAUCUAAAAAGGAGGUGUGCACCCAAAUAUUGUGUGUAAAAGAUAAAAAUUCAUUAGUUAGAGAUUGUCUCUACAAAUUUUUCAGGCAUUUCUUUAGUCAUACCCCAGAAAAAAAUCAUCAUUGUAAUGCAUAUAGUAAAGAACAUGCUUUUACACAUCAAAAUUGUGUAGAAAAUUACAUUAUAAAUUGGUUAAAAUCAGAUCUGCAAGUACUGGAGCUAAUGCAAUACUCAUUUUGCAGCUGAAAGCAGCUCAACUUAUUUCCUUUCAGACGUGAACAGUUUAUUCUUUAACGUAAUUCAUGACAUGAACAGUUUAUUCUUUAACGUAAUUCAUGACAUGAACAGUUUAUUCUUUAACAUAAUUCACGGCUGCAUGCACAUAGUGCCCAUGUCCAUGUUGUUCAUUUGGUCAUGAAAGUAUAUACUGCCAAAUAGUUUCCCUGUCCAUUCCCUGUGGAAUGUAGGUGUACAGAGAGGAUACACCUAUAGUAGCAAAAGUAGCAACAAGGUUAUUCUUAAUAAAAACUGAACAGCUCAGAUAGUACCUAGAGAUUUUCACAUAGGAAUUAACUUUAGAUUUUAACCUACUUUUACAUAAUAUCCAGUGAGUCCAUUUCUGAACUAAAUGUUGGUGACAAAAUAUCUUUGAAUGUUUGGGAAACCAGACAAAACACUGGUUCUAGGAAGACUAACUUAGUAAUUAAACAAAUCCAGUGAAAUAAAACCAUCAGUAAAUAAAUCCACAUCUGUCUUUUUAAAGGCUGCAUUGAACUCAUGUAAACUAACAGAUUUAUAGUUUGUAGCAUCUGCCAAUAAAGAAUCUAUAUCCAACACACAAUUUUUCUGUUCCAUAACAAACAAACCUUCACUCUUAUCAGCAUUUAUAUACCUUAAUGGGUUGCCCAGCUGUAAUGAAUUCAGUACUUAUAUUUUGUUAAAGUAUACAAUUUUGGUUUCAAAAGUUGGUUGAGUAGUUGCCAUAUUUCUGAAAUGCAGGCUUUUUUAAAAGCAGCAUCUUUAGAGGCCAAAGGUAGAUAAACCAAACUUAUUAAUCAGAUGGAGUUCUGGUGAAAAAAAUGUUAUUGUUCACAUCCUGUAAAAUAUUAGGUAAAUUUAACUUCGGUAUAUAAUUUAAGCUCAGGUCCCUAACUAAAGUCCAGUCUCCAGAUGCAUUUACUAGAAGUCAUAUGUUGUGUCUUUCGGCUUUUCCCGAUUAGGGGUCGCCACAGCGGAACUCCGGUCCUUUAAUGAUUGGCAGUAGAUUUUUACGUGCCGAGUUGCCGGCCCUGACGUACAACCUUCAACGAAGGUACGCCCAUUUGCGCAUGUUUCCACACAGAAGACGCUCUAGCUAAGAAUCGAACAGCACAACAUCUUGCUGUGAGGCAACAACGCUACCACAGCACAGAAGUCAUAUAUACAGUUAAAAACAGUCACACUUGAAAAGGAAGGUAUAUCGGGCGGCCACAGUGGUGCAGUGGUUAGUGUUGCUGCCUCACAGCAAGUGGCUCUCCAGUUUGAUUCUUGGCUGGGGUGUUUUCUGUGUGGAAUCUGUAUGUCUUCCCUAUGGUCGUGUGGGUUUCCUAUGGGUGCUCUGAUUUCCUCCCACAUUCCAAAGAUAUGCUGCAUGUGAACUGGACACUAAAUUGGUCCUAGAAGUGAGUGCGAGUGUGCGUCUUCUGUGGAACGUUGGAGCCAGGUUGGCAUCUCAACACCAUAAAACUCCACUGCCAAUUGUUCUGCUGUGGUGACCCCUGACAGGAAAAAUUGAAAGGAGAAGAAGGAGACCUUUUGUGCAAGUCCAUGAAUGACAACCUGCUGUUGAAGUUGUAGAGAACAGUUCUUUUACCUGUUUUCUCUGAAUCUACUCCAUUUCUUUUUGUAAUUAUCUUUGUUCACAAACAAAACUUUAAUUUUGAUCCUUUUCACUAUCAACUGCAGUUUGGCAUCUCUAAUAAAUGCCACUGUCUCAGAAGUGGUCCAAGUAGCAAGGAGUAAUCAGCUGAUUGAGAUCGGGACUUUGUCUGCACAGAUAGAUGCCUUCCACCCCCAAUACAUUCACAUUAUUUUGUUCCAGAGAAGUUAUUGUUUUCAUCUGGGUUAAACCUAGGGCCAAAAUGUGUGUAUUCUACACUCAUGAGUCAUUCUAGAAUAAUCAUUAACUGCGGGUUGUCAGAAAUAGCUUUUUGCAUUUUGUUUGAAAUAUUCACUUGACCUACUGUGCUUUGUCAUUCUGUACCCUAGAAAACUGAUAAUGUAUUUCAGAUCACACUGCAAGUUCACCAUCAAGCAUAAAGUGCCAAAUAAGUUGCUGAGAAGUGUGUGCUCUGAUGAAGCCAGUGAAGGCUCCCUAUUGAAAUGUUGGCACACAAAAUGCCGAAUGCCAACAAGCUGAAAUAAAAUGGCCGAAUCUACAGGAGAAGAAUGAAUUUAAAACAUUUGUCUACUUCUUUAAGCAACUUUUUUUUGGGGGGAGGGAACCCUCCCACACCUCCUGAACUUGUAUACACCAACUCCAAGAUCACAACGCCUCAGAAAAAAGGGAGUAUUCAGAGUAAUGUCCAUCUUCAACAUAAGUCUGUUUUUCUGCAAUUCAGACCCCACAUUUUUGCACUCACUCAGGACCCAACAUUUCAGAUGUUUAGUGUCAAGUGAAUAGCUAUUGUCAGAGAUGAACUACCAUAAGCCUAAUUAUGUUACCUUGCAGCUAGAAGCAAUUUUACCAUGCACUUUUUAAGUUGUCAGUAGUGAGAGAAAUAAGUGCCUGCUGUAGCAGGUACAUGGAUCCCGCACGUCAGACAGGGUUUGCAGAAUUCUUGUAGGUAAACAAUAUGAAUCUGUAGAAGAAGCUCAGUGACUUAAAUUUCUGAUGUAGAGUCUGACUACAGUGGUUUUGUAAAGCAGUAGUUGUGAGAGGGGCACUGAUACGAAUGUUAGACUAAGCACCGACUUACAGGCAGCAAUAAAACGGACAAACUUACCUGAACUUCUUGCAUGUCAUACUGUCAUAACCAUAUAACUCUAAUAAUUAAGUAGAUUGUGUUGUGUCAUACGUGUCCUUCCUGAUUCGGUUCUAUUUUUUUUUUGUGUUCAGUAAUAAAACAUCUCUUUUUAAGUAAAACUGACAGUCUGUGUUCAGUGCAAUACUGUUUUGCAGCUGCACUCUCAAACCUAGAAAAUCUCAUAGCAAUACAGCAUAAUUUUGCAUCAGUCCAGUAUCUGUGCACUACAGGGAGAAACAACCGACCUGUGAGUUUGGGCCACAUGGAAUGAAGAUACAACACUUGUGUAUAGCAAUUGAUUUUCAAAUGUGCAUAUUUUUGAGUUGCAGGUCAUAACUUAUUGUAUAAUGAGUUAGAAGAGCUUGACUGCAGGUUACUGCAAACAACACGAGGGAGAAAGCAGUGGAACUGCUUCAACGUGUAUUCUUUUACAUGAACAAAAAUACAGAUAUUUGUUAGCGUGCAUAAUUUGAAAAAUGUUAUUUAUGUUAAUGCCUGUCAAGCUGUCUGUAUUACUUAAAGAGUAAUGUAAGAUGUCAAUGUAACACUUGAAUUAUCGCAGUAAACUUUUUCACUAA